AAGACACAAUAGAGGAUGUACCUUAAAACAGCUUCUGUGUUUCUGAGUCUUUCUUUCCUUGCAAUACAUGCAUUCAAAGAUAGAUGUACAGAGAAAUUGGAGGGAGACUCCCAUACCAUUACACUGAAUUCAGCUAGGCAAAGAGGCGAUAAACUAAUCUGGAAAUGCAAUGAUACAGUGAUUUAUCAAAGGACAAAUGACACGGUCCAAACUUCUGUGAAUGUGGAUGAAAAAGGAUCUCUUUCUCUCACAAAGCUAAACAGUUCAAUGUCUUGCACAUACAAAGCUGAACAUCAUGACAGCCAUAGGAAAUUAAUUAAAGCAACAACAGAAACACUCUGUGUGCUCCCCAGGGCUCCGGUUCCAGAGUUGGCCGUGAAAUGUUCCUCAGCAGGUGUGGCGACCCUCCACUGUGAGCAGGAGAGCAUCGCAAGAUUCACCCUCACUUGGGUCCUCAACAACAAGGACCUACAAGAGAAGAGGAACCCUUUUCAACCCAAUCAGCGUGGAGAAAAGGAUCGUUACAGAUGCAGACUGAGCAAUAGUCUCGGCAAGCAGGACAGUAAAGAAGUCACCAUAUCAUGUGGAGCACCUGAUAAAUGUACAGAAAAAUUGGAGGGAGACUCCCAUACCAUUACAUUAAAUUCAGCCAAGCAAAAAGGAGAUGAGCUUGUCUGGAAAUGCAACGAUACAGUCAUUUAUCAAAGGAUCAAAGAAAAGGUUCUAUCUACUGUGAAUGUGGAUGACAGAGGCUCUCUUUCUCUCACAAAGCUAAACAGUUCAAUGUCUUGCACAUACAAAGCUGAACAUCAUGACACCCAUGGAAAGUUAAUUGCAACAAAAACAGAAAGACUCUGUGUGCUCCCCAGGGCUCCGGUUCCAGAGUUGGCCGUGAAAUGUUCCUCAGCAGGUGUGGCGACCCUCCACUGUGAGCAGGAGAGCAUCGCAAGAUUCACCCUCACUUGGGUCCUCAACAACAAGGACCUACAAGAGAAGAGUAACCCUUUUCAACCCAAUCAGCGUGGAGAAAAGGAUCGUUACAGAUGCAGACUGAGCAAUAGUCUCGGCAAGCAGGACAGUAAAGAAGUCACCAUAUCGUGUGGAGAACCUGGUUCAGAUACUGUAGGGAACAAGCUGAUCUGCAUUAAGAAACAGGUGAUGCUAGUGGUCCUGGCUGGACUUGGAUUUCUGUUGCUGGUUUUGACUCUGUCACUCGUGAUUGUAAGCUGCAAGAACUGUGGCCAGCGAAAGAGGAAACACGACAAUGAGGAGCUGAGGCUUUGUUACCUCAAGGACACCAGCACGGAUCCUCAGCAACUGAAACAAGCCAUUGGGGACAAGGACCAUUGCAACAUCCAGACCCAAGAGAUGGUCCCCGUCCCAGCUGCCUGUCAACCCAGUUCCGAGCCCCAACCGGCCCCAGUGGAAAAUGCCCCAGGAACACCGGGAACGUCAGGAACACCAGGGACACCGGGAACACCAGGAACAUCAGGGACGCCAGUCCCACAGCCACGUCGGAAGCUGAACCUCAUCCCAAAGUCCUAGGACUAUGCCAGUUCAGAAUUGUAUAUAAAAUGUUUUUGUCGCAUUUAUGGCAUUUUGGGUUGGAAUGUUAAGUGUUGUUCUAUGACGAUAAUAAGAAUAAUGAAAAAAAUAUGAAUAUGUGAAUAUGUCCAACCAUUCUUUUUACCCAUGGUUACAUCACCUCACCUCAAAGUCUACAUGUCAUGAAAGGAAAUAUGUUGUAUGUUAUACUGUAUAUGAAGCACCUUUACAAGAAACCAAACUAAAGUUAACAUUACUGACCAUGUUUUGUUGGUGCAUAAUGUGUUAGCCUUUGACUGCAUUUGUUUUCAUCAAGCUCAAAUAAAAUACUAACACAGAUAAAGAA